CGGCUUUGCCUGCGCGUUCUUAAAUUUCUAAAACAAUUCUUUCACGUUGGUCUAAAUGUAUAUUGACCUAUAAUUUUAGAAAUUAAUUUAUCUCUUUUUCAUUCGGAAUGAUUCUCGGGCGCACAGGGGAUCUUGACUACUAGAUGUUUUAUAAAAUGAAAUUUGAGAUGAGAAAUAUGGACCCGAAACUGAACAAURGAUCAGGACCCACUUGGACAUUUCUUUUUGUGGGUGUUUUGAUACUGGCUUGCUUUAUUUUUAUUUUAUACUUUCAUUAGUGUGGCACUGACUAUCAUCUACAGAACUGACGGACUCAUUGGGAAUUCCCUCACGGCGCUCGAACUAUAAUUGAUCUCAAUCUGUUUUUUCGACAUAUGUAAUUGUUCGUGACRACUAUAUCGUCCGUAAUUCUUGCAGUGAGCCGGCACUUUGUAAUAUAAAACCACAUCAACCUGCAGGGCUGUUAAAGGUGAACAGAGCUAUUUCACGGACGUCACUGUAGGUCCUGUCGACAAAUUUCAUGAAAACUCUACUUAAUUCACUGAAGACUAAAGUACAAUGGAGCAGUGGUCAAUAAUAACGUCUGCUUUGAUGACCAUCAUCCUUAUUUUAAUCAUGGUAAUUGGAAUUCUGGGAAAUAUCCURGUUGUUAUGGUUACAACCAGACGACGAACCCGUCUUCUUCCCGGUGGAGUAUUCAUUAGGAGCUUAGCCGUCGUGGAUGCAGGAGGGUCGGCAAAUGUGAUUUUUAUGCUUGUAACAGUGAUCUUACGAGGAGAUUGGGUCUUUGGAUAUGUAGGUUGUCAAAUAAGCGGUACUUUGAUCGUGUUUUUUGGUUCCAUUUCUCUUCACAUUCUGUGUAUCAUCAGUAUCAAUCGAUAUCUUAAGAUCGCAAGGCCUAGUCUUUAUAACCGCGUUUUUAAUGGAACUGGCACUAGAAUAUUAKUGGUUCUUCCAUGGGUUUUACCUUUGAUGAUGUCACUCGCGCCCGCAUUCGGAUGGUCAGCACACGAUUUUCAUUUUAGUAAGAGCARCUGCCAUUUCUUCUUCAGCACUAGUGUUUCGUAUACCAUCACUUUUAUCACUGUAGUUGUACUGAUCCCUUUAGGAAUCAGCGGUCUGUCCUACAUUAAGAUGUAUUGUAUUAUCAGAAACCAUUCCAGUACAAUAAGAACAAGCAUUCACAGUAGCAGAACACAUUCCAAUGUCGAAGAGAUACGYAGUGCUAAGAUAAUCUUUGUUCUUAUUGUUGCUUUUCUCAUGUGCUACACGCCAGGUAGCAUUAUCAACAUCCUGGAAAUGMCUGGUGUUCGUGUUCCGCKUCUGCUCGACCUUAUAGCUAUUGCUCUCAUCGUCUCCAAACAUUCCCAGAAUCCCGUGCUGUAUGGACUUUUAAACCGUCGCUAUAGACGAGAACUUGUGAAACUACUAAGACCGCUGACUCGACGUUGCUGCUGUGAGGGGUGGUGCGAUCACGUGGAUGAAGACACCGCUGACGACCUACCCAGACUGAGUAGAAAGAUGAGUAGUAAAAUUAGUGGAGCACAAAAUACCCCAUCGAUCAAAUCAUCKCGCAAUUCAUGGGGAUUAUAUCGAGCAGACGGAACUCGUAUUAACCAAGGCCAACAUSAACAGAAAUAAAACACCCUUUAAAACUAAUGACAAUUAUUACAUUUUAGAUUUUUGUGAGUUAGAUAUAUGUAUAAAAUACAGUGUAGGAAUAAUUACUUGCCCGGUAUAUGUUGAAUAAUUAUAAGUAAUUCAAUAAUGGCCCUCGGGGAAUUAGGGAUUAAACAAAUUUCACAGAAUACCGCGGAAAAAUUAGUAAACACCGUCAAAUUAGUAGACUUCCACUAAUUUUCCCCGCAAGAUGCAUCAAAAU